CUGGUAACAAAAUAUGAAACAGGUAGCAACACUGCAGCAGGUACUGCUACAGUGUUGCUGUUGGGAUCAUUCACUGUUGGCUCACAUUGUUGGGAUCUUUCUUUUGGAUAGCAAGGUGCAGGCAUUAUAGGACCAUGGUCCACAACGUGGAUGAUGCAACUGUCUGGUAUUGUAGUCAUACUCAUGCUGGUUGGUGUGAUUGCCCUAACAUUCAAGCUGCACAAGCGCUACAGGGAGCCGGAAGAAAGCUACGCGCCUGGCUUGAAUAUCAUCGAACAUGACCGCAGUGAUCCCGGCAACAAGAGUGACAUCGACUCCGCAAGGCACCAUCGUGACGCCCAGCUGCCCGCAGAAAAUGGCCAUUUCAAUGCUUUGAGCAUGAUGAAAAAUGCCAGCAUACAAAACCCAGUCGAAGCCUCGCAUUUGGAAGUCAAAGUCACCACAAAGCAGGGCUCCAGAAGUUUGCCCCACUCCUCAGCAGAGUUAGGGGUGAGCAAACAGGGCCUCCAAAGCAAUCAACCUGAAGACAAGGCGCAGCAUGUCGCAGCCACAAGUACAGAGGUCCCAACAUUCUCAUCGGUUGACGGUGGUGGAAUGAGGAAAGAAAACUCCAAGAAUGCGAGGAGCCUUGUCCGGAUGAACAGGACAGCUUGGGUCAAGGCCCAAGACUUGCAGCUGCUCAGAAAUGGUUGACACAAUGUGACAAUGUCCAUGGCGGACUGUCAGAGAUAGUACCAGCGUGUAUAUGUAUUAGUUUGGUGGCAUUGCUGCACCAUAAAAAUGAUGAUUCAGUUUUUACAAUCCAUAUUAUUGUUUAGAUCAGGUCUGCAUGACAACAAGGCCAAAUUCUCAGCAGUUGCUUUUGCUGGUGCUGCUCUUCAAUUCUUUGAUUCAAGAAAUUCUCUUGCUGUAAAAUUUAGUUGUCACAGACUCAUUUUCUGGUACCCAAUCAUUCGGAGGUUCAUUCAUUGUACUGCGGUAAUACUGCCGGGAUAAAAAGUAAAGAAGGCGAGAA